UUCACCAGAGAGCAUCUAGAAGCAGCGGAGCGAAGCGCUCACGCACGUAACUUGGCUCAACCACACGCCAUCAGCCCAUCCUCCACAGCCACGCCAGUCGCACGCUGGCUGUUAUCCGUCGGGAUCCCACAGAAAUUAAAUACCGCCUCGCCAUUACUACAACAGACACAAAAAUCGCCAGCUCACACCGUAGCGCUCUCAAGUCUCAAGCCCCCCUCAACAACCCGUGAGCAUGGCGUCCAACACCGCACCCGCCGCCGACGAUGACGAGCUGGUCCAGAGCUUCGGCCCGCUCCUCCAUGUCUACAAGAGCGGCCGCCUCGAGCGGCCCGUCAUGGCCCCGCCCGUCGCGCCCGGCCUCGACCCGGCCACCGGCGUCGACUCCAAGGACGUAGAUCUCGGCGACUACUCCGCCCGCCUCUACCUGCCCCCGGCCGCGGCAACGGCUAGCACCAAGCUUCCCGUCAUCGUCUACAUCCACGGCGGCGGCUUCGUGGCCGAGUCCGCCAAGUCGCCCAACUACCACCGCUUCCUCAACGACCUCGCCUCCGCGUGCCCAGCCAUCGGCGUCUCCGUCGACUACCGCCUCGCCCCGGAGCACCCGCUCCCGGCCGCCUACGAGGACUGCCUCGCCGCCCUGCGCUGGACGUUCUCGCCCACCGCCGACCCCUGGAUCUCAGCGCACGCCGACCUGGCCCGCGUCUUCGUCGCCGGGGACAGCGCGGGGGGCAACAUCUGCCACCACAUCGCGGUCCAGCCGGACGUGGCGCGCCUCAGGGGCACGGUGCUCAUCCAUCCCUGGUUCUGGGGAUCCGAGGCCGUGGGUGAGGAGACGCGCGACCCCGCGGAGCGCGCCAUGGGGUGCGGGCUGUGGAAGUUCGCGUGCCCCGGGUCGGCCGGCCCGGACGACCCGCGGAUGAACCCCAUGGCGCCCGGCGCGCCCGGGCUGGACACGCUGGCGUGCGAGAGGGUCAUGGUUUGCACGGCGGAGGGAGACUUCCUCAGGUGGCGCGGCCGCGCGUACGCCGAGGCGGUGACCGCGGCGAGAGGCGGCGGCGAGGGGCAGGGGAUUGAGCUGCUGGAGACGGACGGGGAGGGGCACGUCUUCUACCUUUUUAAGCCCGACUGCGAAAAGGCCAAAGAGAUGAUUGACAGGAUCGUUGCCUUCGUUAACGCCGCGUGAUGCACCGCCGGCCUCUCCGUGUAUCAGGCCGCAGGACUGCAACCCGGCCCGGUGAAUUGUCUUCUGGCAAGCUAAGCUAAAAUGUGUUUGCGGCUUUGUGCUCCGUUCUUGGACCGUUAUGAAUAGACUAUGAAUAAAGUGGAUUAUCUGGAAUGCUUCUUGUUAA